GAAGUCCCAUCUCGUCCCUCGGUGUUCUCCCUUCACUUUCUUGACACUGUUUCUCAAAUGGCUUUAACUUCUCAUCUUCAAACUCUCUCUUCAUCAUCAUCCUCCCUUUGAUUCCAAAUCUUCUCACUUUCUCAUGGAAGGAAACGAAAACGAAACCGAAAACCCAAUAAAAGAAAAUUCAAAACUCAAUUCCGCCAUCGCCAUGAACAACAAUAUUAACACAUUUUCUGCAGAUGAAACGCCGGCUCUCUUUUCAACCGUUCUCACUCUUUACGUUCUAAUUCUCCUUUACUUCCCUCGCCUUUUCUUCAAACUCAUUCUCUCUCCGGUUCCCAUCCUCACUUUAACUCUUCUCCUCGCUCUCCUCCGGUUCGGUGCAACUCAAAAACAAGAACAAACCCAAACCCGAAGUAACUGCAAUUCUGAAGCCGCUGAUCGAUUAUUAUCCGAUUCUAAUAAUUCACAUGAUCCUCAAGAUCACAAGUGGGCAAGCACCGAAGCGAGUAAUAUUAAACCGGACCAUCGUUUCGAAGACUCGUUUGUUGAGUGGAACGUGAGGGCGCCUUUGGAAGUCAUUUACGAAGCGUAUGAAGAAGGUGAAGAAGAAGAAACAGAGGGAAAUAAUAAUGAUCCGACCCGGUUCGGAAUUGAGAGGUACCCUUCUUUGUCUUUGUGCUACCCGGAGUCGGAUUCUGAUUGUUCUUCAACCGGUGAUUAUCCGGCGAUCGGAGACUGGGGUUCGGCUGAAUGUGUGAGCCUGAGGUGGGAAGACGAAGAUAGAGAGGAGUUGAUAGAAAUAGCUCUUGAUGGUGUUAAUAGUAAUGAGAAUAACGAUAGAAAUGAUAGUAAUAAGAGGGAAAUGGCAAUGGAGUUGGAUUUCAUGGGGAAUUUUCAUGGCGAAGAAGAGAAUAAUUUAAUUGAGAUUGAUAUUUCAGGGGUUAAGCAUGAAGAGGAUGGAGAUUUUCUGGGGAGAGGUAAUUAAGGAGUUAUUAAUUUAAAAGGUGAUUAUGGUUAAUUAUACUUUAAUUUUCCGGGAGAUGAUUUUGGGUUUUGAGUUUUUGAAUGAAUUUUUUAAUGAUGGGAGUUUGUUUACCGUUGUAUUAAACCAAUGUUCAAGGUGCAAUUAGUCACAUAAUCCAAAGAUUUAAAUGUGGAGUCCAUGGACUAAUAUACCCUUCUUCCCUUUUUCUUUUACAAGGAUUACGUGGCAGCUCGUUUGUUUGUA